AUGGGAAAUUUUGAAGGAUGCAACUUUUCUGACCACCUGAAGUACAUCGAUGAGGUAAUUUUAGAAUUUGAGCAGCGUUUCGCUGAUUUCAAAGAAUUAGAGCGCGAUUUGGCUCUAUUUAUGCGUCCAUUAACAAUUCAAAUCGAAUGCGUAAAGACUGAAUACCAGUUGGAAUUAUGUGACGUACAGUCAGAUCCAUUUUACAAGGGGAGAACAGAAACUGGAAUGGAUUUUUUUAAGAUCCUUGGCGAUCGUUUCCCCGUAUUAACAAAUUUUGGCUUGAAAAUGGGAUCGAUGAUGGGCAGCACUUAUUUAUGUGAAAGUGCAUAUUCUACAAUGAACUUUAUAAAAUCUAAGUAUAGAUCUUCACUGUCAGAUAAGUCGCUUCUUCAUGCAAUGCGCCUGGCAACAACGAAUGUUGAUGUUGAUAUUGAUAUGAUUGUUAAAGAUAAAUUAGCUAAGAAUCAAUAAACGUAUAAAGAAAUUA